AUGAAAGGCGUGUUAAGAGAGCAACAUCUUAGACUGGACGAUGAAGGCCUCAGUACCUUGUUCUGCGAGGUAGAGAACAUCGUGAAUGGCCAGGAAGUUUGCCGUCAGGGUCUGGAAUGGGACGAGCCAAUUGAGGGUGUUUCGCUGCAGCGAUGGGAAGUGUGGCUGCAGGAACUGGUGAGACUCAAAGAAUGGAACGUGCCCAGAUGCUACAAGUCGGACCUGUCCUCAGUGGUGAUAAGUCGGCAGCUUCACGUCUUUGCAGAUGCAAGCGAAGAGGGCUAUGGAAUGUGUGCCUACCUCCGACAAGAAGAUAGUGAUGGCAGGGUUCAGGUGUCUCUUGUGCUGGCGAGGGGUAGGGUAGCUCCUCUUAAGUAUGUCUCCAUUCCAAGGCUAGAGUUAACUGCAGCUGUGAUGGGUGCUCGCCUUGCAAAUACUGUUCUGACUGAGUUGGGCGUGAAGGAAGUUCAUUAUUGGACUGAUAGCCAGACCGUACUGAGGUACCUACAGAAUGAUUCAAUGAGAUUCAAAACGUUUGUGGCCAACAGGGUUGCAGUAAUUCGUGAUCUGACUGAACCCAACCAGUGGAGAUACGUCAGGACGUGUAAUAAUCCUGCCGAUGAAGCUUCCAGAGGACAAAGAAUUGAUGAGUUCCUGGGGAAUGAGAGGUGGGUCAAUGGUCCAGACUUCCUUAGGCAAUCCAGUAAACAGUGGCCAGACUUACAGGGGAUUGUGCCUGAUGUUGCAGAAGGCGACCUAGAAGUCAAGGUGUCUAAUGUGGUAACAGUAGAGGGACGAUGUUGUUUUUUGGAUGGCUUACUCACGAGGUACUCAAGUUAUCCAAGGUUGAAGAGAGUAGUGGCCAUGGUACUGAUGGUUGCCGAGAAAUUCAAGAGAGGCGCUGACUCCAGGCCAAGUUGCAAUCGCCCAACCCUGGAUCACUCGAAGGCUGCAGAAAGGCUGAUAUUGGCUCACGAACAGCGGAGAUUCUUCGCAGCAGAAUUAAAGGCUCUGAAAGGUGGCAAUGUUGACGAAGUCAGGAGAGCGUUAAGACGUAGCCCGCUGCGAAACCUAGAUCCCAUUCUGAUUGGUGAUCUUAUAUCAGUAAGUGGUAGGCUGAGGAGAGCAACCCUCCCAGAAGAAAUGAAACACCAGGUGAUUAUCCCAAAAGAUUCGGGAAUUGCACAACUGGUUGUUAUGGAGGCUCAUGCCCAGGUUGGGCAUAUGGGCAGGGCGGCUAUGCUAGCAAACCUAUGGCAGAGGUACUGGCUGAUUGGAGCAAGUGCGGUGAUCAAGAGUGUGGUUGGUCGAUGUGUUACUUGUAAGAAGAAUCGUGCUGGCCCAUCAACACAGCAGAUGGCAUCGUUGCCUGCUGAGCGGGUGAUGAGUGACAAGCCACCCUUUGAGAAUACGGGCCUUGAUAUGUUUGGUCCCUUCGAGGUUAAGCAGGGAAGGAGCAUGGUGAAGAGAUAUGGUCUCCUGUUCACUUGUUUGGCCACGAGAGCGAUUCAUCUGGAGAUCGUGCAUACCGCAAAUGCCGAUUCCUGUCUAAAUGCCAUACGCAGGUUCAUCUCCAGGAGGGGUGAAAUAUCAUCGCUGAGGACAGAUAAUGGCACGAACUUUGAAGCAGGAUCUUUGCUGGAAGAACGAAGGGGGCUACCAAACCCAGUGGGUCAAACACAGAGCUUACGAUAG